AUGCUGAUAACAGGUCAAGAAAGGUAAGCGACUCUUAUUUUCAAAGAUUUCUAGUUUUCGAUUUGGUAAUAUUAACAAUAUCAGUAAUAAAACGCUUUAUCUUUAAUGAUUUAACACAUGCACACACCUGAGAGUAGCACCUACCUACCUGAUUAUGGCGUAUUGCUGUGUUAUGUAUUAUUGCAUAUUAUUUCUAUAUUCAGUGAUGCCUACAGAAUUUUGGUUCCGUUAAUGCCUGGGUGUUUUGCGCCACCUAGUGUAAGCUAAGGUUGUUCACUUUUAUUUACAGGAAUAACAUCUACUGGGACAAAAUGGUGUCAUUAAUCUGCACGCUCCAGGACCAUCGAGAUGAAGUCAAUUGGUGCGCUUUCUCCCCCACACUACUGGCGACUUGCUCCGGGGAUAAGACCAUACGCAUCUAUAACACCAAUGACUUCUCGGAGCUGCCGUUUUCGCCUCUGUCCGGCCAUGGCUAUGGAGUUCACUGCUGCAGUUUCAGUGUAUGUGGCAUCUACCUGGUCACCUGUUCCACAGACGCUUCAACUAUCAUUUGGAGUAUGGCAACAGGUGAGGUAACGGCAAAAUUAGAGCAUCCUGGACGCAGCCCGGUCAGGGUAUGCUCGCUGUCUCCCUACUCCUCACUCCUGCUUUCAGGGGCAUCAGAUGGAACAUUGGCCCUUUGGGAUUUCCACACUAAGAAAUUACGCAAGUAGGUUAUAGAUCAUGAGACUAAUCCCUAUAAUGCAUUGUCCUGAUGGCGUUAGAGAACCAAUCUUAAUAGUAAUGAAAAACAAAUGUAUAGGUCUACGGAAUAUUGUACAGACAUAUCCUAUGAUGAUAAACAUAUUUUAAAUACAAUAAUAAUCCCAAUGAGCUUCAAUAAUCUCAAAUAAAGCAUUAUAUUGCUUGUCCUCAUUGCUCCAACCAAAUCAGUGUAUAUAGGCCUACUCUUUAAAAUGGUACGUCAUAUUCCAUUGUUCAACUUCCCAGAUCUAAGGCCGUGACAGAGUCCACGGUGACGGCGUGCUGCUUCACUCCGUGUGGUCAGAUGUUUGUGACAGGAUGUACAUCUGGAGAUAUCAAAGUGUGGGAUCUGGACAUGAAGCAGCUCUAUGCAGAGAAGGAUGCCCAUGAUAUGGGGGUGACCUGCUGCCAGUUUGCACCCCAGUUUGACAUUGGUAAGAUGAAAAUAUAGCACAGUUAUGUCCCUGAUCCUCUCCUUGGGUCACUGUUCUCUUCAACAAAUUGGGAUAGUGCCCAGUUGAGGUAUCAACUGAAAGAAAAAAAACGUAUAUACAGUGCAUUUGGAAAGACCCCUUUUCUUUUUCCACAUUUUGUUACGUUACAGCCUUAUUCUAAAAUUGAUUAAAUUGUUUUUCCCCCUUAAUCAAUCUACACACAAUACCCCAUAAUGACAAAGCAAAAACAGGUUUUUAGAAAUUUUUGCACAUUUAUUAAAAUAAAAAACGGAUCACAUUUACAUAAGUAUUCAGACCCUUUACUCAGUACUUUGUUGAAGCACCUUUGGCAGCGAUUACAGCCUUGAGUCUUCUUGGGUAUGACACUACAAGCUUGGCAUACCUGUAUUUGAGGAGUUUCUCCCAACUUCUCUGCAGAUCCUCUCAAGCUCUGUCAGGUUGGAUGGGGAGUGUCACUGCACAGCUAUUUUAAGGUCUCUCCAGAGAUAUUUGAUCGGGUUCAGGUUCGGGUUCUGGCUGGUCCACUCAAGGACAUUCAGAGACUUGUCCCAAAGCCAAUCCUGCGUUGUCUUGGCUGUGUGCAUAGGGUCAUUGUCCUGUUGGAAGGUGAACCUUCGCCCCCUGUCUGAAGUCCUGAGCGCUCUGGAGCAGGUUUUCACCAAGGAUCUCUCUGUACUUUACUCCAUUCAUCUUUCCCUCUAUCCUGACUAGUCUCCCAGUACCUGCCUCUGAAAAACAUCCCCACAGCAUGAUGCUGCCACCUCCGUGCUUCACCGUAGGGAUGGUGCCAGGUUUCCUCCAGACGUGAUGCUUGGCAUUCAGGCCAAAGAGUUCAAUCUUUGUUUCAUCAGACCAGAGAAUCUUGUUUCUCAUGGUCUGAGAGUCCUUUAGGUGCCUUUUGGCAACCUCCAAGCGGGCUGUCAUGUGCCUUUUACUGAGGAGUGGCUUCCGUCUGGCCACUCUACCAUAAAGACCUGAUUGGUGGAGUGCUGCAGAGAUGGAUGUCCUUCUGGAAGGUUCUCCCAUCUCCACAGAGGAACUCUGGAGCACUGUCAGAGUGACCAUCGGGUUCUUGGCCACCUCCCUGACCAAGGCCCUUUCCCCCGAUUGCUCAGUUUGGCCGGGCGGCCAGAUCUAGGAAGAGUCUUGGUGGUUCCAUUUAAGAAUGAUGGAGGCCACUGUGUUCUUGGGGACCUUCAAUGCUGCAUACAUUUUUUGGUACCCUUCCCCAGAUCUGUGCCUCGACACAAUCCUGUCUCGGAGCUCUACGGACAAUUCCUUCGACCUCAUGGCUUGGUUUUUGCUCUGACUGGCACUGUCAACAGUGGGACCUUAUAUAGACUGGUGUGUGCCUUUCCAAAUCAUGUCCAAUCAAUUCAAAUGACCACAGGUGGACUCCAAUUAAGUUGUAGAAACAUCUCAAGGAUGAUAAAUAGAAACAGGAUGCAACUGAGCUCAAUUUCGAGUCUCAUAGCAAAGGGUCUGAAUACUUACAGUACCUGUAAUAAGUUUGGACACACCUACUCAUUUAAGGGUUUUUCUUAAUGUUUUACUAUUUUCUACAUUGUAGAAUAAUAGUGAAGACAUCAAAACUAUGAAAUAACACAUAUGGAAUCAUGUAGUAAUCAAAAAAGUGUUAAACAAAUCAAAAUAUAUUUUAUAUUUGAGAUUCUUCAAAUAGCCACCCUUUGCCUUGACAGCUUUGCACACUCUUGGCAUUUUCUCAACCAGCUUCAUGAAGUAGUCACCUGGAAUGCAGUUCAAUUAACAGGUGUGCCUUCUUAAAAGUUAAUUUGUGGAAUGUCUUUCCUUCUUAAUGCGUUUGAGCCAAUGUUGUGUUGUGACAAGGUAGGGGAGGUAUACAGAAGAUAGCCCUAUUUGGUAAAAGACCUGAUGUCCAUAUUAUGGCAAGAACAGCUCAAAUAAGCAAAGAGAAACGACAGACCAUCAUUACUUGAAGGUCAGUCAAUACGGAACAUUUAAUAAUAUUAUAAUAAUAUGCCAUUUAGCAGACGCUUUUAUCCAAAGCGACUUACAGUCAUGUGCGCAUACAUUUUUACGUAUGGGUGGUCCCGGGGAUCGAACCCACUACCCUGGCGUUACAAGUGCCAUGCUCUACCAAUUGAGAACUUUGAAAGUUUCUUCAAGUGCAGUCGCAAAAACCAUCAAGCGCUAUGAUGAAACUGGCUCUCAUGAGGACCGCCACAGGAAUGGAAGGCCCAGAGUUACCUCUGCUGCAGAGGAUAAGUUCAUUACAGUUACCAGCCUCAGAAAUUGCAGCCCAAAUAAAUGCUUCACAGAGUUCAAGUAACACACAUCUCAACAUCAACUGUUCAGAGGGGACUGUAUGAAUCAGUCCUUCAUGGUCUAAUUGCUGCAAAGAAACCACUACUAAAGGACACCAAUAAGAAGAAGAGACCUGCUUGGGCCAAGAAACACAAGCAAUGGAUAUUAGACCGGUGGAAAUUUGUCCUUUGGUCUGGAGUCCAAAUUUGAGAUUUUUGUUUCCAACCGCUGUGUCUUUGUGAGACGCGGUGUGGGUGAAUGGAUGAUCUCCGCAUGUGUAUUUCCCACCGUAAAGCAUGGAGGAGGAGGUGUUAUAGUGUGGGGGUGAUUUAUUUAGAAUUCAAGGCACACUUAACCAGCAUGGCUACCACAGCAUUCUGCAGCGAUACGCCAUCCCAUCUGGUUUGGGCUUAGUGGGACUAUCAUUUGUUUUUCAACAGGACAAUGACCCAACACACCUCCAGGCUGUGUAAAGGCUAUUUUACCAAGAAGGAGAGUGAUGGAGUGCUGCAUCAGAUGACCUGGCCUCCACAAUCCCCCGACCUCAACCCAAUUGAGAUGGUUUGGGACGAGUUGGACCGCAGAGUGAAGGAAAAGCAGCCAACUAGUGCUCAGCAUAUCUGGGAACUCCUUCAAGACUGUUGGAAAAGCAUUCCAGGUGAAGCUGGUUGAGAGAAUGCCAAGAGUGUGCAAAGCUGUCAUCAAGGCAAAGUGUGGCUAUUUGAAGAAUCUCAAAUAUAACAUAUAUUUUGAUUUGUUUAACACUUUUUGGUUUACUACGUGAUUCCAUAUGUGUUAUUUCAUAGUUUUGAUGUUUUCACUAUUAUUCUACUAUGUAAAAAAUAGUCAAAAUAAAGAGGUCUGUCCAAACCUUUCACUGAGGGGGAAAAUUGAUUUAAUCGAUUUUAGAAUAAAGCUGUAAUGUAACAAAAUGUGGAAAAAGGGAAGGGCUCUGAAUACUUUCCGAAUGCACUGUACAUAUACAGUGGGGAAAAAAAUUAUUUAGUCAGCCACCAAUUGUGCAAGUUCUCCCACUUAAAAAGAUGAGAGAGGCCUGUAAUUUUCAUCAUAGGUACACAUCAACUAUGACAGACAAAUUGAGAAAAAACAAUCCAGAAAAUCACAUUGUAGGAUUUUUAAUGAAUUUAUUUGCAAAUUAUGGUGGAAAAUAAGUAUUUGGUCACCUACAAACAAGCAAGAUUUCUGGCUCUCACAGACCUGUAACUUAUUCUUUAAGAGUCUCCUCUGUCCUCCACUCGUUACCUGUAUUAAUGGCACCUGUUUGAACUUGUUAUCAGUAUAAAAGACACCUGUCCACAACCUCAAACAGUCACACUCCAAACUCCACUAUGGCCAAGACCAAAGAGCUGUCAAAGGACACCAGAAACAAAAUUGUAGACCUGCACCAGGCUGGGAAGACUGAAUCUGCAAUAGGUAAGCAGCUUGGUUUGAAGAAAUCAACUGUGGGAUCAAUUAUUAGGAAAUGGAAGACAUACAAGACCACUGAUAAUCUCCCUCGAUCUGGGGCUCCACGCAAGAUCUCACCCCGUGGGGUCAAAAUGAUCACAAGAACAGUGAGCAAAAAUCCCAGAACCACACGGGGGGACUUAGUGAAUGACCUGCAGAGAGCUGGGACCAAAGUAACAAAGCCUACCAUCAGUAACACACUACGCCGCCAGGGACUCAAAUCCUGCAGUGCCAGACGUGUCCCCCUGCUUAAGCCAGUACAUGUCCAGGCCCGUCUGAAGUUUGCUAGAGUGCAUUUGGAUGAUCCAGAAGAGGAUUGGGAGAAUGUCAUAUGGUCAGAUGAAACCAAAAUAGAAGUUUUUGGUAAAAACUCAACUCGUCGUGUUUGGAGGACAAAGAAUGCUGAGUUGCAUCCAAAGAACACCAUACCUACUGUGAAGCAUGGGGGUGGAAACAUCAUGCUUUGGGGCUGUUUUUCUGCAAAGGGACCAGGACGACUGAUCCGUGUAAAGGAAAGAAUGAAUGGGGUCAUGUAUCGUGAGAUUUUGAGUGAAAACCUCCUUCCAUCAGUAAGGGCAUUGAAGAUUAAACGUGGCUGGGUCUUUCAGCAUGACAAUGAUCCCAAACACACCGCCCGGGCAACGAAGGAGUGGCUUCGUAAGAAGCAUUUCAAGGUCCUGGAGUGGCCUAGCCAGUCUCCAGAUCUCAACCCCAUAGAAAAUCUUUGGAGGGAGUUGAAAGUCCGUGUUGCCCAGCGACAGCCCCAAAACAUCACUGCUCUAGAGGAGAUCUGCAUGGAGGAAUGGGCCAAAAUACCAGCAACAGUGUGUGAAAACCUUGUGAAGACUUACAGAAAAUGUUUGACCUGUGUCAUUGCCAACAAAGGGUAUAUAACAAAGUAUUGAGAAACUUUUGUUAUUGACCAAAUACUUAUUUUCCACCAUAAUUUGCAAAUAAAAUCAUUAAAAAUCCUACAAUGUGAUUUUCUGGAUUUUUUUUCUCAUUUUGUCUGUCAUAGUUGACGUGCACCUAUGAUGAAAAUUACAGGCCUCUCUCAUCUUUUUAAGUGGGAGAACUUGCACAAUUGGUGGCUGACUAAAUACUUUUUUUCCCCACUGUAUGCACGCUCAAGUUUUCAGUUUUUUUUGUCUUAUUUCUUGUUUGUUUCACAAUAAAAAAUAUUUUGCAUCUUCAAAGUGGUAGGCAUGUUGUGUACAUCAAAUGAUACAAACCACCAAAAAAUCAAUUUUAAUUCCAGGUUGUAAGGCAACAAAAUAGGAAAAAUGCCAAGGGGGGUGAAUACUUUCGCAAGCCACUGUAUGCCUCAUCACAAUUCUAUCUUGGAGAUACACUGUCAACUGUGGGACCUUAUAUAGACAGGUGUGUUUCCAAUCCAGACUUUAAAAUGGCUGUCUAGCAAUGACCAACAAACAACUUGCCAGAGCUUGAAUCAUUAAAAAAUAUUGUAAAUUCCAGGUUUGCAAAGCUCUUAGACUUACCCAGAAAGACUCACAGCUGUAAUCGCUACCAACGGUGUUUCUAACAUGUACUGUAUGCACUCAGGGGAGUGACUACUUAUGUAAAUGAGAUAUUUCUGUAUUUCAUUUUCAAUACAUUUGGAAAAAUGGCUAAAAACAUGUUUUCACAUAGUCAUUAUGGGGUAUUGUGUGUAAAUGGGUGAGAAAAAAUAUAUUUAUUCAUUUUGAAUUCAGACUGUAACACAACAAAAUGUGGAAUAAGUCAAGAGGUAUGAAUACUUUCUGAAGGCACUGUAGCUCAGUAUUUGUAUUAUUUAAUUUAUACCGUUUUUUUUACUCAUCUUUAUCAAAGGUGCCAAUAAUUAUGGACCUGACAGUGUGUCCCUAUGGGCCCUGGUCAAAAGUAGUGAGCUAUAAAUGGAAUAGGGUGCCAUUUGGGACGCAGACAUAGUAUGGAGAGUUCAAAUUCAGACUAUAAGUAGAUUUAUUUAGAAACCCCUAUUUUAUGGCAUUCCUAGAGCUUCACUGUAGUCUCUGUGGGGCCCUGAAUAAAGAAAUAACGAUUAUAAUGUUUGAUUAUGAUUAGAUGUUCCAAUCGCUCACAGCUAUUCAUUUAUUAAACUGGUGAAACAUGAUUUACUCUUUCAUCAAUCAGUAACAUAAUCCGUUCCUAUUAUCAAUGCAAUCCAUUUAUGAUUGUCACAGUUGAAUUCUAGAAAUUGCCUGAAAUGUAUUGUCAUUGUUGCCCAGCAGUUCAAAUGAUAGGCAACAGUCAUUUGUGUCCUAUUGUGAUGGGUUGUAAACAAGUUAACAUUAUUGUUCUGAUGGAGGGCUAAUGUGCCGGGUUUGUUCCUCUGCUCCACAGAUCUCAGUUCAGUGGAGUUUCGAUUGGCCUCCUGUGGACAGGACAGUCAACUGAAGGUAUGGAUCGUAUCUCAGCAUGGUGCAGCAGGUAAGCUGGCCUGGCCUCUAUUCACCCCAGGCCGUCUCUCUCUCUCUUCUUUCCUCUCUCGCUCUCUCUCAUUCACACACACACAUGGGAAUAGAUAGAGAGAUAGGGAACAGCAUCAACAACCUUGAAUUAUCUGCACUGAAUAAAAUAAUUGCAUUAGUGUUUAGAACAAACCGCAUCAGUGCUUAAAAUAAUCCUCAUUAAUAAUAUCAAAUCAAAUCAAAUCAAAUUUUAUUGGUCACAUGCGCCGAAUACAACAGGUGCAGACAUUACAGUGAAAUGCUUACUUACAGCCCUUAACCAACAGUGCAUUUAUUUUAAACAAAAAAAGUAAGAAUAAAACAACAACAAAAAAGUGUUGAGAAAAAAAGAGCAGAAGUAAAAAAUAAAGUGACAGUAGGGAGGCUAUAUAUACAAUAGAAUAAAGUGACAGUAGGGAGGCUAUAUAUACAGGGGGGUACCGUUGCAUAGUCAAUGUGCGGGGGCACCGGCUAGUUGAGGUAAUAUGUGCAUGUGGGUAGAGUUAAAGUGACUAUGCAUAAAUACUUAACAGAGUAGCAGCAGCGUAAAAGGGAUGGGGUGGGGGGGCAGUGCAAAUAGUCCGGGUAGCCAUGAUUAGCUGUUCAGGAGUCUUAUGGCUUGGGGGUAGAAGCUGUUGAGAAGUCUUUUGGACCUAGACUUGGCACUCCGGUACCGCUUGCCGUGCGGUAGCAGAGAGAACAGUCUAUGACUAGGGUGACUGGAGUCUUUGACAAUUUUGAGGGCCUUCCUCUGACACCGCCUGGUAUAGAGGUCCUGGAUGGCAGGGAGCUUUGCCCCAGUGAUGUACUGGGCCGUACGCACUACCCUCUGUAGUGCCUUGCGGUCAGAGGCCAAGCAGUUGCCAUACCAGGCGGUGAUGCAACCAGUCAGGAUGCUCUCGAUGGUGCAGCUGUAGAAUUUUUUGAGGAUCUGAGGACCCAUGCCAAAUCUUUUUAGUCUCCUGAGGGGGAAUAGGCUUUGUCGUGCCCUCUUCACGACUGUCUUGGUGUGUUUGGACCAUGAUAGUUCGUUGGUGAUGUGGACACCAAGGAACUUGAAGCUCUCAACCUGUUCCACUACAGCCCCGUCGAUGAGAAUGGGGGCGUGCUCAGUCCUCUUUUUUUUCCUGUAGUCCACAAUCAUCUCCUUUGUCUUGGUCACGUUGAGGGAGAGGUUGUUGUCCUGGCACCACACGGCCAGAUCUCUGACCUCCUCCCUAUAGGCUGUCUCAUCGUUGUCGGUGAUCAGGCCUACCACUGUUGUGUCGUCUGCAAACUUAAUGAUGGUGUUGGAGUCGUGCCUGGCCAUGCAGUCAUGGGUGAACAGAGAGUACAGGAGGGGACUGAGCACGCACCCCUGAGGGGCCCCCGUGUUGAGGAUCAGUGUGGCAGAUGUGUUGUUACCUACCCUUACCACCUGGGGGCGGCCCGUCAGGAAGUCCAGGAUCCAGUUGCAGAGGGAGGUGUUUAGUCCCAGGAUCCUUAGCUUAGUGAUGAGCUUUGAGGGCACUAUGGUGUUGAAUGCUGAGCUGUAGUCAAUGAAUAGCAUUCUCACGUAGGUGUUCCUCUUGUCCAGGUGGGAAAGGGCAGUGUGGAGUGCGAUAGAGAUUGCAUCAUCUGUGGAUCUGUUGGGGCGGUAUGCAAAUUGGAGUGGGUCUAGGGUUUCUGGGAUUAUGCUGUUGAUGUGAGCCAUGACCAGUCUUUCAAAGCACUUCAUGGCUACAGACGUCAGUGCCACGGGUCGGUAGUCAUUUAGGCAGGUUAUCUUAGAGUUCUUGGGCACGGGGACUAUGGUGGUCUGCUUGAAACAUGUUGGUAUUACAGACUCAGUCAGGGACAUGUUGAAAAUGUCAGUGAAGACACUUGCCAGUUGGUCAGCACAUGCUCGGAGUACACGUCCUGGUAAUCCGUCUGGCCCUGCGGCCUUGUGAAUGUUGACCUGCUUAAAAGUCUUACUCACAUCGGCUACGGAGAGCGUGAUCACAUAGUCGUCCGGAACAGCUGGUGCUCUCAUGCAUGCUUCAGUGUUGCUUGCCUCGAAGCGAGCAUAGAAGUGGUUUAGCUCGUCUGGUAGGCUUGUGUCACUGGGCAGCUCGCGGCUGUGCUUCCCUUUGUAGUCUGUAAUAGUUUUCAAGCCCUGCCACAUCCGACGAGCGUCAGAGCCAGUGUAGUAUGAUUCAAUCUUAGACCUGUAUUGACUCUUUGCCUGUUUGAUGGUUCGUCGGAGGUCAUAGCGGGAUUUCUUAUAAGCGUCCGGGUUAGAGUCCCGUUCCUUGAAAGCGGCAGCUCUACCCUUUAGCUCAGUGCGGAUGUUUCCUGUAAUCCAUGGCUUCUGGUUGGGGUAUGUACGUACGGUCACUGUGGGGACGACAUCAUCGAUGCACUUAUUGAUGAAGCCAGUGACUGAUGUGGUGUACUCCUCAAUGCUGUCUGAAGAAUCCCUGAACAUGUUCCAGUCUGUGCUAGCAAAACAGUCCUGUAGCUUAGCAUCUGCGUCAUCUGACCACUUUUUUAUUAGCCGAGUCACUGGUGCUUCCUGCUUCAGUUUUUGCUUAUAAGCAGGAAUCAGGAGGAUAGAGUUAUGGUCAGAUUUGCCAAAUGGAGGGCGAGGGAGAGCUUUGUAUGCGUCUCUGUGUGUGGAGUAAAGGUGGUCUAGAGUUUUUUCCCCUCUGGUUGCACAUUUAACAUGCUGGUAGAAAUGAGGUAGAACGGAUUUAAGUUUCCCUGCAUUAAAGUCCCCUGCUACUAGGAGCGCUGCAUCUGGAUGAGCGUUUUCCUGUUGAUUAAUGGCCUUGUACAACUCAUUCAGUGCAAUCUUAAUGCCAGCAUUAAGAUUGUUUUCAGUCAUAUCAGAUUUGACAACAGACCAGCAAGGUUGUGUGUGUGUGUGUGUGUGUGUGUGUGUGUGUGUGUGUGUGUGUGUGUGUGUGUGUGCGUGCGUGCGUGUUUGGCUGUGCUUGUGUUAAAUCUCUAUCCGGUCGGCUUAAAAUAUAUAUCUUUCAAAUAUGAAAAUGUAAUAAAUGUACCCAAACAUUGUUUAAAGUGUGUUUUAUGGUAUUUUCAACACAUACUAGUUAUGUGUUCUGGAUUGUGAUGAGCGUCUGAUGUGUGUGUGUAUAUAUAUAUUUGCCCAUUCCGGAACAGUACAGUCAACAAUCCAAUGAGCGGCAAACAAAUGGAAACAAUCAUGGCCUUGAACAAGCCACAAAUGCUAGAAUGGUCCUGAAUGGCCUAAUAGCAGGCUUUGUAUUAGCCUCUGGAACAGGGGUGGGUAACAUACGUUUAUCUUUGGGGGAGGGGGGGGGGGGGGGGGGAUAUUAUUUUGGGUUAAAAAAAACACUCCAGACCACUCUUGAACAUCUAAAACUAGAUAGAAAGUAAGUAGAAAUUACAAUGUAUUUAUACGUUUUAAAAUAACUGAUAUUUUUCUGGUACACAAAUUGCUUUUGACUAACAAAUCGGUCCGAAAAUAAAGAAUUUUGAAUUCCCGAAGUGGCUCUUGGGCCGAAAUGAUUGCCCAACCCUGCUCUGGAAGGUGGUGGUGGAUGGUCUUGUCCUGUGCUACCUAUAUAGUACAGUACAGGUCCUGACUAACCUGCCUCUGUUGCUGUGGAAACAGCUGUGCCUGGGUGAGAUGUGCGUCCUGAGUGGUGUUCCACAUGGAUGUGUUGUGGUGCCUUUGUCCUAGAGCAGCAGCCGCAGCACACUGAAGGGAGCACACAGAAACACAGGGAAUAAAACCAGAGAACACGUACCUCUCACAGGCUGCAGAAUAGGCUGCCUGCUGCAAAGUGCAGGUGCUGUGCCUCGCAUGGUUAUUGUUCCACAUUCACAGGAAAUUGUGUUUUGCAGAUGGGCUUAGCCGCAUGGGUGGAAUUUUUUAUAGUCAUCAUUUUUCAGUUCUCUUUUGUGUCAGUAACCUUUCAAUUCAACUGGCAUUCUGCUUCUGCUUCCUAUAGCUGAUAUGUUAUUAUUCAUGCGUUUCCUCUUAAUUGUCCUGUAGUGUUUUUUUUGUGUGUUUUAGAAAUAUGUUUUUUCUAUCUUAUCUCUUCAUUCACUGUGAAUUUUAAUAGCCACAUGGCCAUAACUACUUACUCAGCCUGUAAAGGCUCAAUUAAAAAUAAGCAAUUAGUGAUUUUGAAUGACUUGCCAGGAGGGGAAAAUGUCAUAUAGAUAAGAUGAAUUUGGAAAAGGACAACAACAGCCUUACCACAGUGCUCAGUUGUCAACCUGCAAGUAAAUGAUGUGGCAUUACUGAAUUGGAAUCCAGUGUGUAUAGUGUGUAGCUGACUCCUAAAUGGACAGUGAGUUGUUAAUCCGGUCAAGGGAAGGGUUGCAGGGAUGGUCAGAGGGGUGGUCAGUGGGACAGACAGACAGUGGGGUGUGGGUGGUGAGGUUUUCUCUACACGAGCUCUUUGUGUGUUAUUGAUUCCCAGCCUGUGAGAUGAAGCUGCUUCACACUCUGACUGGCCAGUCGGCCCCUGUGCUCUCCUGUGCCUUCUCAUCUGACGGAGAGUUGCUUGUCUCAGGGUAAGACCAUCCAUCCUCCAUGUAUGCUCUGAUGUUAGUCCUCUCAUGAUCCUUAUCCCUAACCAUCACAGGUAUUCCCACGGGGGGCCAGUAAGAACAACAACAACAAAAAAAGUAUGCACUCACUCUGGAUAAGAGCGUCUGCUAAAUGACUAAAAUGUAAAAUGUAACCAUAGCUCUGGUCCAGGGCGUUUGUGCAGAUUGCAAGCGGCAUGAACACCCUGGACCAGAGCUAUCCUAACGCAAGCCACACGAACGCCCUAGACCAGACCCACUUGGCACACACUGUUGAAUCAACGUUGUUUCCACAUAAUUUCAAUGAAAAUACGUUGAACCAACAUGGAAUAGACUUUGAAUUGAUGUCUGUGCCCAGUGGGGAACUACCCUAACCCUAAUUUUGGCAUUGCCCUAACGCUACUCUAGGGUACUUGUAGGAAUAAUUACACAGUAAUAGCAUCACUGUAAUGUAAGGUGUGACCAAAUAUUUCUUACAUCCCUGUUCAGUAGGAAUAAGCACUGUUAGUAUAAUCAAGUAGAAACAUCCAUUGUUGCUUUUAAAUACUGCUGUUAUCCUAUUGGACCACUAGGGGUCUCUACUCUGUUACAACAUUCUGCUCUGUGAGUGAGGCUUCAAUCUCAUUCAUGCUUGUGUCUGUUUGGUGAAGUAGAAGUUUUUGCUUAAUUUCUGCACUUAAUGGGAAAAUACAAUUGUUUUAUGUGUCAUUAUUUGUUUGUAUCUUGUACUGAUGAGCUGUUGAAAUCAAUUCAACAGCUCAGUGGAUAAAACAGCGACGGUGUACAAUGCGGUAUGUAAAACCUUUGGUGUGGUCUUAGUAAGUUGUGUUUUGCUUUUUAAACAGAUGUAUCCAUCCACACAAACACCACUGUUUCCCUCGUACAAAUCACAGUCUCUAAACAGUGAGAAAUGCCAGACAUUCUGCUUUGUCAAUGUUUGUUUAUUUCUUCCUUUGUAGAGCGAUGGAGUCCUUCUUCACACUUUGAAACGGCAUGAGAGGUACCAGCCUGACCUGCCUGUUACCCCCUUAUAUAUUUAUAUAGUUAUAUAACUCAGUGUAACUGUAUGCCUUCAAAGACAAUGAAUUCCUAUUCCCUCCCUCCCUCUCUUAGCUUUGUGACAGUCUGUGCCUUCUCUCCAACCCUGCCCUUGAUGGCUACUGGCUCCAUGGACAAAAAGGUCAACGUGUGGAGGAUAGCAGAUGGAGACAGCGGGCAGGGUAGGUAGUAGCCUGAUGUUCUCUAAUGUACCACUCAAAGACCAGCAGCCAUUUUGUGUGAGCCAGACAGCCAGUUCCCAAGGGAGUGUAGUGGGAAUGUAGCCCCAGUGGGAGAGGCUCCUCUGGGACUGGAGGAGUCGUGUGCCUGCUGUGCUGAGUGGGCCAGACUAAAGACAUACGUAUUCAUCUCCAGCAAAGUAAAAAAAGAUAGUUGAAGAUAAGUGUUUCCAAUGACAUCAUCAACCAAUUAGUAGACAAUUAGUAGGCAAUGCCUACUCAUAAUUCGUUAAAAUCACAUGAUGCACACCGAUGAUGUCAUUGGAAACACUUUCUUCUAGAUUUUUUACUACAAAACAUAGAAACGCACCAUUUUCACAUAUGUUGACGUUGGGGUGGUGCUAGAGAUGAUGAAUAUGAAGUAGAAUUUUUAAAAAUGUCUCUUUAAUAAUCAUUAGCAGGCUGGCUCUGACCCUAGGUGGUGAGAUCCCAAAUGGCCUCGUCUAACCUCUAAGCCCCACAGUGCCACACUUGCAGAGGGCACAAUGGCGAGACAGAGAGAAAUAAGAUGAAAUGUCUUAAUCACAAAAACACUUAAUAAAAAGGCACUGCACCAGAAUGUAGCCGUGUCUUCAGACAUCAGGGGGCCAAGCUAGACUAGAGUAUUCAACAGAGGGUUUCCUUCUGAGAGUAGGCACGUUGACAGAGCACAUUCCAAGCUCUCUCUAUCGCUCUAUGAACACAUUCUCCUUUGAAAGUGAUUCAUUUUGUGUUUUCUUGUGACUUCUAGCUGAAUCCAGGAACCCUUCAUGCCAAGGUAAGAACACACAGGAAUAUGUCUUAUCAUUCAUUCCAGUGCAUGAUGGGACAGUCAGGAGCAGCAGUCUCCAGAUACUACCCAUAGAUGGUGAUCUUAGGUUAGUUUAGCAUUUUCCCCACUAAUGGGGUUAGGAUUAGGUGAGCGGAAACUGAUCCUAGAUAUAUACAUAGGGGAAACAUCACCCUGGAGCCAGAUACUGUGCCAAUAAAUGGAUGAGAUGUCUGGAGGCCUCAAUGAGUGGAGGAGGCAUUAAAAUAAAUGAUGAUGACUUGUAAAGUGACAGAUGAUGAUGAGGAGCCAGUCCAAGAGUGGAACCUCUCCAGUCUUGGCAGAGCUUCCCUAACCCCCCAGUCAGCUAGGCUCCCAGAAGCUUCAAGGAUAUUGACAUAACCUUCCCCUGAGUCCCAAAUAGCACCCUAUUCCUUGUAUAGUGCACUACUUUUGACCAAGGUCCAUAGGGUGCCAUUUGGGACGUAGACUCAGAUUCCCACCUCUAUGGGCCUGGACUAUGGAGGGGGGAGGUGUUACUGUACAGUACAAGCAGAUUUGACAAGAGGACACUUACUUUACUAAUGUUCUGGUAUGUUUCGGUUGAUAGUGUUGCUGCUGUUUCACAUAACAUCAUUAAGCCCCCAUCCACAUGUAUGCUUCUGAGAGGGAAAUUCAGUGGGGAAGUCAGUGGUGGUGUUAUUUUGGCCAGAUGGGCAAGGAAGCGAUUGUGAAUGACUAGGAUAACAGAUAGCGAGAGAUGGAGGGUGACGUGAAGGGAGUGAGAGAGGUGAGGAAAAGCAAACAAUGCCACAUGAAUGAGAAAUAGCUCCAGUAGUCCCCACUGUUAUCACUCAGCUGCCUAAUGAUAGGAAAUGUAAAGCAUGAAGUGCUAUGAGGUGUCAUUAGCGAGCGCAGCACACAACACUGUAUUUUAUCUUAACGAUACAUGAAAAAUGAUAGCAGCUCGCGCAAUGUCAUAUGAAGGUUGCCUCUGAUGAACAGUGUGCCUGCAAAGGCCAGAAAAACACAAACUUGUCGGGGGGGGGGGAGGCUCCGAAGCUGAUAAAUAUUCCCAGGGCAUGCAAAUGUGAUUAAAGCACUGUUGAUAAAAAGAGGACGUAUAAUUGGGUGACAGGUUAGGAAGCACUGGUUGGCUUUUAUCUCUGCAUACUAGAAUGAGUGGUCAUUUGCUAUCAGCACCGAUGGAGGGUCUUCUUUGUGUGGAAUGUGUGGGACGUGUUUGUAGGGAUCUGAUAUGUAGUAUUGCAGGAGACUGGCGGGGGUGAAGGACUCGAGGAGGGGGCCCUUCCUCCCUUCCUGUGUUUGUGUGUGUUCCACAGGAGCAGGAAGAAAGCUGCCAGGUCACUCCAGGCUGCUGGUGAGCGACUGGUCCGAGGAGGAUGUGUUGGCCUGGCUGAAUGAGGAGGGUCUGGAGGAGCUGGUCACCACCUUCACAACCAACAACAUAGACGGCCCUGAGCUGCUCUGUCUAACCAAGGAGACCAUGGCCUCAGAGCUGAGCAUUGGUAAGGACAUGGAAUUCACAACUAGGGUUGCACAAUUCCGGUAAUGUUCCCCAAAUUCCCAGAUUUUCCAGAAACAGGGUUCAGUGUUUCUUCUAUAUCAAAUCAAUUCAAAUGUUAUUGGCCACAUGCGCCGAAUACAACAGGUGCAGACAUUACAGUGAAAUGCUUACUUACAGCCCUUAACCAACAGUGCAUUUAUUUUUAAUAAAAAAGUAAAAUAAAACAACAACAAAAAAGUGUUGAGAAAAAAGAGCAGAAGUUAAAUAAAAUAACAGUAGAGAGGCUAUAUAUACAGGGGGGUACCGGUGCAGAGUAAAUGUGUGGGGGCACCGGCUAGUUGAGGUAGUUGAAGUAAUAUGUACAUGUGGGUAGAGUUAAAGUGACUAUGCAUAAAUAAUUAACAGAGUAGCAGCAGCGUAAAAAGGAUGGGGUGGGGGGGCAGUGCAAAUAGUCCGGGUAGCCAUGAUUAGCUGUUCAGGAGUCUUAUGGCUUGGGGGUAGAAGCUGUUGAGAAGUAUUUUGGACCUAGACUUGGCACUCCGGUACCGCUUGCCGUGCGGUAGCAGAGAGAACAGUCUAUGACGGUCGGUCGGAGGCCAAGCAGUUGCCAUACCAGGCGGUGAUGCAACCAGUCAGGAUGCUCUCGAUGGUGCAGCUGUAGAAUUUUUUGAGGAUCUGAGGACCCAUGCCAAAUCUUUUCAGUCUUCUGAGGGGGAAUAGGCUUUGUUGUGCCCUCUUCACGACUGUCUUGGUGUGUUUGGACCAUGAUCGUUCGUUGGUGAUGUGGACACCAAGGAACUUGAAGCUCUCAACCUGUUCCACUACAGCCCCGUCGAUGAGAAUGGGGGCGUACUCAGUCCUCUUUUUUUUUCCUGUAGUCCACAAUCAUCUCCUUUGUCUUGGUCACGUUGAGGGAGAGGUUGUUAUCCUGGCACCACACGGCCAGGUCGCUGACCUCCUCCCUAUAGGCUGUCUCAUCGUUGUCAGUGAUCAGGCCUACCACUGUUGUGUCGUCGGCAAACUUAAUGAUGAUGUUGGAGUCGUGCCUGGCCAUGCAGUCAUGGGUGAACAGGGAGUACAGGAGGGGACUGAGCACGCACCCCUGAGGGGCCCCCGUGUUGAGGAUCAGUGUGGCAGAUGUGUUGUUACCUACCCUUACCACCUGGGGGCGGCCCGUCAGGAAGUCCAGGAUCCAGUUGCAGAGGGAGGUGUUUAGUCCCAGGAUCCUUUGCUUAGUGAAGAGCUUUGAGGGCACUAUGGUGUUGAAUGCUGAGCUGUAGUCAAUGAAUAGCAUUCUCAUGUAGGUGUUCCUCUUGUCCAGGUGGGAAAGGGCAGUGUGGAGUGCAAUAGUGAUUGCAUCAUCUGUGGAUCUGUUGGAGCGGUAUGCAAAUUGGAGUGGGUCUAGGGUUUCUGGGAUAAUGGUGUUGAUGUGAGCCAUGACCAGCCUUUCAAAGCACUUCAUGGCUACAGACGUCAGUGCUACGGGUCGGUAGUCAUUUAGGUAGGUUAUCUUAGUGUCCUUGGGCACGGGGACUAUGGUGGUCUGCUUGAAACAUGUUGGUAUUACAGACUCAGUCAGGGACAUGUUGAAAAUGUCAGUGAAGACACUUGGCAGUUGGUCAGCACAUGCUCGGAGUACACGUCUUGGUAAUCCGUCUGGCCCUGCAGCCUUGUGAAUGUUGACUUGCUUAAAAGUCUUACUCACAUCGGCUACGGAGAGCGUGAUCACAUAGUCAUCCGGAACAGCUGGUGCUCUCAUGCAUGCUUCAGUGUUGCUUGCCUCGAAGCGAGCAUAGAAGUGGUUUAGCUCGUCUGGUAGGCUUGUGUCACUGGGAAGCUUGCGGCUGUGCUUCCCUUUGUAGUCUGUAAUAGUUUUCAAGCCCUGCCACAUCCGACAAACGUCAGAGCCGGUGUAGUACGAUUCAAUCUUAGUCCUGUAUUGACUCUUUGCCUGUUUGAUGGUUCGUCGGAGGGCAUAGCGGGAUUUCUUAUAAGCGUCCGGGUUAGAGUCCCGCUCCUUGAAAGCGGCAGCUCUACCCUUUAGCUCAGUGCGGAUGUUUCCUGUAAUCCAUGGCUUCUGGUUGGGGUAUGUACAUACGGUCACUGUGGGGACGACAUCAUCGAUGCACUUAUUGAUGAAGCCAGUGACUGAUGUGGUGUACUCCUCAAUGCUAUCUGAAGAAUCCCGGAACAUGUUCCAGUCUGUGCUAGCAAAACAGUCCUGUAGCUUAGCAUCUGCGUCAUCUGACCACUUUAUUAUUAGUCACUGGUGCUUCCUGCUUUAGUUUUUGCUUAUAAGCAGGAAUCAGGAGGAUAGAGUUAUGGUCAGAUUUGCCAAAUGGAGGGCGAGGGAGAGCUUUGUAUGCGUCUCUGUGUGUGGAGUAAAGGUGGUCUAGAGUUUUUUUUCCUCUGGCUGCACAUUUAACAUGCUGGUAGAAAUUAGGUAGAACGGAUUUAAGUUUCCCUGCAUUAAAGUCCCCGGCCACUAGGAGCGCUGCCUCUGGAUGAGCGUUUUCCUGUUGACUUAUGGCCUUAUACAGCUCAUUCAGUGCAAUCUUAAUGCCAGCAUUGGUUUGUGGUGGUAAAUAGACAGCUAUGAAAAAUAUAGAUGAAAACUCUCUUGGUAAAUAGUGUGGUCUACAGCUUAUCAUAAGAUACUCUACCUCAGGCGAGCAAAACCUCGAGACUUCCUUAGGAUUUGAUUUUGUGCACCAACUGUUGUUUACAAAUAUACACAGACCGCCACCCCUUAUCUUACCGGAGUCAGCCGUUCUAUCCUGCCGAUGUAGCUGUAUGUUAUCCAUGUCGUCGUUCAGCCACGACUCGGUGAAACAUAAGAUAUUACAGUUUUUAAUGUCCCGUUGGUAGGAUAACCGUAAUCUUAGGUCAUCCAAUUUAUUUUCCAAUGAUUGAAGAUUGGCUAAUAGGAUUGAUGGGAGCGGCAGUUUACUCGCUCGCCGUCGGAUCCUUACAAGGCACCCCGACCUACGUCCACGAUAUCUCUGUCUCUUCCUCAUGCGAAUGACGGGGAUUUGGGCCUUGUCGGGUGUCUGUAGGAUAUCCUUCGCGGCCGCCUCGUUGAAGAAAAAUUAUUAGUCCAAUACGAGGUGAGUAAUCGCUGUCCUGAUAUCCAGAAGCUCUUUUUGGUUAUAAGAGACGAUGGCAGAAACAUUAUGUACAAAAUAAAUUACAAAUAAUGCGGAAAAACACACAUAAUAGUACAAUUGGUUAGAGGGCUGUAAAACGGCAGACAUCUUCUCCGGCGCCAUUUUCUGAGAAUAAUUUAUCAUUUGUUUUGCAAAGGCGGUGGAAGGAGGGGAUACUUUUUUUGUAGGAGUUUGAGAAGGUCACUUUUUAAAAGGACAUUCUACUCCAAAAUGAAUGAAAAUCAAAUGAUGCUGACACCAUCUAUCUAUAAUUAUUUUAGGGUUGACUCUUUUACCAUAGCCUAUACAUGGGACCAUACCAUAUUAUUUUACAUUUGUACAAUUUAGUCAUUUAGCAGACGCUCUUAUCCAGAGCGACUUACAUUUAGUGAGUGCAUACAUUUUAUAUAUAUAUAUACAUAUAUUUUCUUCAUAUUUUUCAUAUCAGGCAGCAGUAAUAGCAAAGUUUUUUCUGGAUAAAAAAGGAGCUACUUUCCUGCAAGUCUACAUUUUUCCAUGGUGCUGAGAGAAAAUAUUGCAAUUUUAAAGAAAAUGUUGCUGCAAUUCUACACGUUGCCAUGGAGCUGACAGAAAAUGUUGCAGUGUGAAAGCAAAUUUCCUGUAAUUCUACACAUUUUGCCAUGGCUAAUUAUGUGUUCUUAUGCUCAAAGGUUAUAACCAAAUCAAUGGGGACCCCAAUCGGGGACUCUGAGCAUGGUCAGUAAUCCAGCCAUGCCAAAAGUACUCCUAAAUUCAUUUUAUUUAUUGGUUUCAUCGUUUUAGCUUUUAUUUAGGUGAUUUGUAGUUCUCAAAGAUUAUAUAUAUUUUUUUAAAUAUAUAGGUAAAUUAUAUUUUCUACAAACUUUCUGACUGGUUUUAGUUAUUUAAGUUUACACUGAAAGCGUAUUUACAUCCAGAUUAAUUUAGUAAAAAAUGUGGGUGUGGCGGCAACAAUUUUUCAGCGGUGCAGCUGGGAAACACUGCGGGUUGGAAGAUUCCCAAAAUCAGGACUCAGGAGGGAAUACAUGUAAGCAGGAUAUCCAAAAUCCUCCAACCAGGAUUUCUGUAAAACCAUUUUGCCACCCUAUUCACAGCACAACACACAGAUCUCAGGCAUGUCUGACCUGUGACCUGGCAUUUCCACUCCUCAUUAGUAAUGACGGGAUGCAGGAAUAGAUCCAUAGGAUUUACUGUAUUAUCCUGUAUUAUGCAGUUCUAUUGGAAUGGAAUACAUGCCACAGAGGCUUUUAUCUGUGUUCUAAUAUUCCCACAAUGCUCCCAAAAUCAAAUAGUAAUCUGCUUUGGGGCUGCCAAGCUGUGACAUUACUACUUCCAAAAUGUCCCAUUGGAUAUUACUUGCUUAUAUAAUUUGCUUCAGACAAUUUCCCAAAAGCCAUCAGAUGACCAUAGAUGUUAAAAUAGUUAGAAAAUAAUUAGAUAAUCCCUCCGAAAAUGAGUUUUGUGGAUUUGGACAGGACCUAGUGUCUUACAUUUUCUAUGGCAUGUUAUUACCUCAACCAUCCAAGCUAGAGAGAAAAUUAUAUGUUUACUCUGUGUCUUCACUGUGAUAGUAUUGCAAUCGAUUGAGAUAGUGCCAUAAAGACUAUAGUUUUCUGAAUCAGUAUUAAUCAUUACCAAUUAAUCAGGACUGAGGAAACAAUACAUUUCUAAAAAUCCACUUUCCUUUCCGCUGUCCACACUAACCCACAUUAUGAUUUCCUGAAGAUAUUUGUAAUUAUGUUCUGGCCCCCUGACCAUCCUCUCAAGAAAUAAAUUGGCCCACGGCUGAAUCUAGUUGAUGAUCCCUGCUCUAGGGGCUUAGGGAGAAUUAUGUAUCACACCCACAGAGAGAACAGCACCUCGGUGCAGCACAGUAGGACAUGUGUUCUCUUUAGGGACUAGCUUCUCUGGUACAACAACCCCCAACUACAGCAAACAUCAGUCCGCUGCAUUGCAGGUUUAUGGUGGUUUGUCAAUGUACCCCAAUGUAGUCUUGGUGCUGUGAUUGUCAAAAUGCAAACGGUGAAGUUACAAAGUGUAUUUUGCAAACAAUCAUGAAUGUCACCUCAUUUGCUGCAAUGCAGGCACAAAGCAAGAUACUGUAAAUAUUGCUCAGAGUUUAGCAAUUCCCUUAUCCACAUUAGUUAAUUGUAUGACUAAUGGGUUCAGCAAGUCUGAUUGGACGAACACAUUUUGAUUGAGCACUUUUCCCCACUACAGUGCCCACUGGGAUUUGACCUUUUGUGAUUGCAGUGCCCUAUCUAUCUAUAGUGCUGUAUCUGCACUGAGUUUCCUCCAAUCACAUUGGUUGAGUUUGCUCCCCAGUCUCAUGUGGCCCCUGAUUGCAGGUUCUGGCUAAUUAACUCUACCAAGACACUAAAGUCAUCAUAACCUAGUGCCAUAAUCUCACUGAUGUGUGGCAGGUGGUGUGGUUUCUGUCUUCCACGCCACCAACACAGCUGUCUGUCAGUUCCUAGCCUAAGUGCGCGUGUGUGUGUGUGGAUCUGUUUCGCUUGAGCGCCAAGGCACUAGGCAACGGCAGAACCCUGAUUAACAAACAGAGCGUUCCAUAUGUAGGAGCAAGGUCUUCCAUAGGAAGAGGCCUGAUUGGGUUGCUGCUAGAUGGUAUGAAGCUACGGUAAAAAAGUUGCAUGUUCAGGUCGCGUCUGGGAGAAUUUUUGCAUUUUAGCUAAACCUAACCCUUUUCCUAACCUUAACGUAAUUCUCUUAACCUGCUACGAAAAGUAACUUUCUGUCCGUAGCUGUAUAUCAUCUAGUCAAAACCGUCUGAUUGGGGAGAUGAUCAUUCCUUGGUCCUGGGCUGGCUUGGUUACACUUAUGGUAGAGAAAUUAACAUUAAAUUAUCUGGCAACAGCUCUGGUGGACAUUCCUGCAGUCAGCAUGCCAAUCUGUGGCAUUGUGUUGUGUGACAUAACUGCACAUUUUAGAGUGGCCUUUUGUCCCCAGCACAAGGUGCACCUGUGUAAUGAUCAUGCUGUUUAAUGAGGUUCUUGAUAUGCCACAACUGUCAGAUGGAUGGAUUAUCUUGGCAAAAGAGAAAUGCUCACAAACAGGGAUGUAAACUAAUUUGUGCACAACAUUUGAGAGAAAUAAGCUUUUUGUGCAUAUGGAUCAUUUCUGGGAUCUUUGAUUUCAGCUCAUGAAACAUGGGACCAACACUUUACAUGUUGCGUUUAUAUGUUUGUUCAGUAUAGUUUUGUAUGUUGCCAUUGUUUUGCUAGAGUCGGUGGGUCUCCGUGGUAAAGUCCUGAGGAAGGUGGAAGCUCUGAAGGCAGAGUUGACGGGACUAGAUGCCCCAGAUGAGUUCCUCUGUCCAAUCACCAGAGAGGUGAUGAAGGACCCUGUCAUUGCUGCAGGUGAGGGAGAGGACAUAAAAACAUCUGUCCCACAUAGGCUGCGUUUAGACAGGCAGCCCAAUUUUGAUAUUUUUUUAUGAAUUGGUCUUUUGACCAAUCAGAUCAGCUCUGAAAAAGAUCUGACGUGAAAAGAUCAGAGAUUUGUCAAAAUACUAAUUAGGGGAAAAAAGAUCAGAAUUGGGUUGCCUGUCUAAACACAACCAUACAGUGCAUUUGGAAAGUAUUCAGACCCAAUCCCCUUUUCCACAUUUUGUUACGUUACAGCCUUAUUCUAAAAUGUAUUAAAUUGUUUUUUCCCCUCAUCCAUCUACACAAAAUACCCCAUAAUGACAAAGCAAAAACGGAAAUAUCAGAUUUACAUAAGUAUUCAGACCCUGUACUCAGUACUUUGAUGAAGCACCUUUGGCAGCGAUUACAGCCUCGUGUGUUCUUGGGUAUGACGGUACAAGCUUUGCACACCUGUAUUUGGGGAGUUUCUCCCAUUCUUCUCUGCAGAGCCUCUCAAGCUCUGUCAGCUUGGAUGGGGAGCGUCGCUGCACAGCUAUUUUCAGGUCUCUCCAGAGAUGUUCGAUCGGGUUCAAGUCCGGGCUCUGGCUGGGCCACUCAAGGACAUUCAGAGACUUGUCCCGAAGCCACUCCUGCGUUGUCUUGGCUGUGUGCUUAGGGUUGUUGUCCUGUUGGAAGGUGAAUCUUCGCCCCAGUCUGAGGUCCUGAGCGCUCUGGAGCAGGUUUUCAUCAAGGAUCUCUGUACUUUGCUCCGUUCAUCUCCACAGAGGAACUCUGGUGCUCUGUCAGAGUGACCAUCGGGUUCUUGGUCACCUCCCUGACCACGGCCUUUCUCCCCCGAUUAUUCAGUUUUGGCCAGGAGGCCAGAUCUAGGAAGAAUCUUGGUGGUUCCAAAUUUCUUCCAUUUAAGAAUAAUGGAGGCCACUGUGUCCUUGGGGACCUUCAAUGCUGCAGAAAUAUUUUGGUACCCUUCCCCAGAUCUGUGCCUCGACACAAUCCUGUUUCUGAGCUCUACGGACAAUUCCUUCGACCUCAUGGCUUGGUUUUUGCUCUGACAUGCACUGUCAACUCUGGGACCUUAUAUAGACAGGUGUGUGCCUUUCCGAAUCAUGUCCAAUCAAUUGAAUUUCCCACAGGUGGACUCCAAUCAAGUUGUAGAAACAUCUCAAGGAUGAUCAAUGGCAACAGGAUGCACCUGAGCGUCUCAUAGCACAGGGUCUGAAUACUUAUUUAAAUAAGGUAUUUUAUUUUUUUAUACAUUUGCAAACAUUUCUAAAAAAACAGUUUUUUGCUUUGUCAUUAUGGGGUAUUGUGUGUGGAUUGAUGAGAAAAAAAAACAUUUAAUCCAUUUUAGAAUAAAGGGGUUAACGUAAUAAAAUGUGGAAAAAGUGAAGGGGUCUGAAUACUUUCCGAAUGCACUGUAUACAUGUCCUUGUUCGUCAAUGCUAAUGUAGCCCAUUUGUUAUUGUUUAAAAAAAAUAGAAAUCUGCACUUUCCUGCUCCAACUCACAUUAUACUGUAUGUAGCCUAUAAAAGUAAUUAUGUCACUGUCUGAUGUAUAAAAUGUGUCUGAAAUCAACAGAUGGAUAUUCCUAUGAGAGAGAGGCCAUUGAGAGUUGGAUCAGCGCUAAGAACCGUUCCAGUCCCAUGACCAACCUACCUUUACCAACCACUCUGGUCAUGCCCAACAGAAGCCUGAAGACCGCUAUUGGCCGUUGGACUGCCACUCAGUGA